AUGUCACUCAAGGUCGAGGAUGUCGGGCCUCCACCGCAUCUCUUUUCGGGCAGGUCUGCUACAUGGCCUAGCUCCUACACUUCUCAAGCUUGUUCGCUAGGCUCAUCGCCCGCGUUAAAGUCUCCCGAGCAGCCUCACACAUACAGCCGCAUGCACGAAAACCCCAUGUCUUCACGCAACACGAUUAACAGCCUCCCAACAACCGGCUGGUAUGAACCGUCUAUCUCAGCCAACGACUUCCAGUACACCGGAUACGAACAGUACAACCCGCCUCGGUCUUCAGAGGUCCUUUCUCCACAUUCGUCCACGUACCGGCAUGGAAGUCAGGUAUCCUCAUUAACAGCACCCACGGAUUCAUCAGCAAGAGUGAUAUCGCCAGUGCCAGUGUAUCCCCAUAGUUCGUUGCUCAGCGAAACUGCACAGCAGUCAGUCGAGCUACAACAAGCCUCGGACGUCGCCUCGCAGCGGUCGCCGAAUCACGCAAAGGUCGAAUCACACGGUCAACCGCCGUCCCACGGCACCUUUUCGGUUCUGCAGCCUGUUCCGAGCCCAUCCGCAUGGUCUAUUGAUUCACUAGGAAUCCACACGCCUUCGUUGCAGUCUGACUCGUAUUUUGCGAACUUUACGCAGCACCAACGAGGCCUUCGCAGCGGAGAAGGUUCCAUCGAAAUGGCGUUGACUGCGCCGCAGCCGCGCCGUGUAUUCACGCCCAUAGCGCCUCAACCCAUUGACACGCCACGAUCGAUGGCAGCAAAAAGGUCAAGAGAUGAUGACGAGUCGGCGGAGCUAUCGAAGAGGAGGCGGCGGUCCGAAUCGACCAAUUCGACGCAGCUUGAGCUCACUGAAGAGGACAAGUUGCUGCUGAGGUUGAAGGAGGAGGAGUUGAUGCCGUGGAAAGACAUUGCAGCGCGGUUCCAGAACGACUUGGGCAAACAGUACCAGAUCCCCGCACUGCAAAUGCGGCUGAAGCGGCUACGGGAGCGAAUGCGGGUGUGGGGCGAGGCGGACGUCAGGGCUCUCCGCAUGGCGCAUGAGUAUUGGGCGCAGAACAAGUUCGACAUCAUUUCGCAAAAGAUGGCCAAGUUUGGCGCUCAGGACAAGUGGACGGCCCGUCAGUGCGCACGCAAGUGGGCAGAGAACGAUGCGCUGCCCGCAGCCAUGCCGCAGCACGACCAGCACGCGCAGCACACGUUCACGCCGUACUCGAUGAGCCCGGCGGAGCCGACGACGACAUUCCUGCCGUACAUGCACUCUUAG